AAAAAUAAUCCUCAAUUUCUUUCUUCUUUAUCCCUACGUCUCCAUCCAUUGCGGCUAACAAACAAAUCUCAAUUGGUUGAUUGAUCGCCGGCGACAUCUAAUCUCAUCGCGAUUCCGUUCUUAUUUGUUGGGUUUAGGUGAUCAUGAAGUUUUGGAAGAGUCUGAGUAUUUUGAUCGAGGAGACGUUACCCGAUUGGAGGGACAAGUUUUUGUCUUACAAGGAUUUGAAGAAGCAGCUGAAGCUGAUAUACCCGAAAGACGGAGGGGAAAGGCCGCCCAGUAAGCGGCCAAGGUUGGGUGUUUCUGACGGUGGUAAUGAUUCUGGUUGCAGUCCGAGAGAGGAGAGUGAGGUGUCGAAAGAGGUGAUAGAUUUUGUGAUGUUGUUGGAGGAUGAGAUUGAAAAGUUCAAUGCUUUUUUCCUUGAGAAAGAAGAGCUGUAUGUUAUCAUGUGGAAGGAGCUACAGGAUAAGGUAGCAAAGGCAGAGGAUUCAGAUGAAGAGUUAAUGAAAGUAGAGUUGAUGACAGUAGGGAGGGAGAUAGUAGAUUUCCAUGGAGAGAUGGUUUUAUUGGAGAAUUACAGUGCCCUUAAUUAUACAGGACUAGUGAAGAUCAUAAAGAAAUAUGACAAGCGAAGUGGGGCUCUUAUUCGCUUGCCCUUCAUCCAGAAGGUCUUGCAACAACCAUUCUACAAGACUGAUGUGCUUAACAAGCUUGUCAAGGAGUGUGAGAUGAUGCUUGAUCAUCUUUUCUCCAUGAAUGAACCAUCAACUUUACAAGCAAUUGAUGAGAAAGAAUCUGACUCUAAAGCUUCUGUCACAAGUAAGGAAGGGCUGCUCAGUGGACCCAAAGAACUUGCAGAAAUUGAGAGUAUGGAAAACAUGUAUAUGAGGCUAACUGCAUCAGCAUUACGUGUCUUGAAGGAGAUCCGGAGUGGCAGUUCUACUGUGAGCAUGUUCUCAUUACCACCCUGGCAAAGUAAUUCCUUAGAGGGGGAAUGGAAGAAAAUUCAAGUGUUGGAACAGGCAGCAAAGUAGGGUUUUCAUCUCCUCCUUUGGGAUGAAGGGCAAGCAAAUAAUAGGAACAUGUACCACUCUUUCCUCCUCUGAGUUACUGACUCUGUUAUCUUUUUUCUUCCCUUUGUUGUUUUCCAUAUAUUUCAUACACAUGCUGAAGUUAGAUACUGACCUAGCUGUUGUAUCCUCAAGUGAGGUUAACGACCUUUUCCUGUAGAGAUUAGGGAUUUUUAUAAAGUGGAAGAAUGUACUUUUGAAUUUUCAUCCUUCUUGAUGCUGUCUGUUGUGUUUGGUUAAAGUCAGACCUUCAGAUUGCAGUGUUCCUAUGGCUAGGGUAGCUGAUCAAAGUUUCUGUAACGAAUGUAUUUAGUUCUUGAAAAGAAAAAAGCUUUGACAUG